AUGACCUGCUCUCCUGUCUCCAACUUUCCCUCUCCUUUCGCUCUUGAGGAAUGCAUCAAGAGCGGCACAAAGGGACAAAAGGCCACGAUAGGAAGGGAGAAAGUGCUGGAGAGGGCUCUACGACCCCGCGGGCCCCUGACCCUGCCCCACACUGGCCCGUCUCCUCAUACUCUCCUCCCUUUGACCCUUUCUUCCUUCCGAGCAGCGGGGGCUCCAGACCUGCGCCAAUCUAACCGCUGGUUUAAUCUGCGCGUCCACCUCCUCGUGGCGCGGGCUGCUUUUCCUCUGACGCAGAGCCCGUUAAAUGGAUAG